AUGCUUUCCAUAUGGAAUUUUGAUGGGAAGAUCGCAUUCGAAGACAUACUUAGUGCAACAGAAAAUUUUGAUGAGAAAUAUUGCAUUGGUAUUGGAGGAUAUGGGUCCGUCUUUAGAGUUCAGCUUGAAGGGGGGCUUAUCUUUGCCGUCAAGCUCCUCCAUUCAAUGGAAGAACAGAACGAUGAGGGGACAUUUCAUGCCGAGAUUGAAGUACUGACGAAAAUCAGGCACCGAUGCAUCGUCAAGUUGUACGGCUUCUGUUCACACUCCCAAUGCAAAUUCCUUGUGUACGACCUUAUCGAGAGGGGAAGCUUAUUAUCCAUUUUGGACGAACAAGAACUAGCAAAGGAGUUGGAUUGGGCCAACAGAAUUUCUAAUGUGACAGACGUAGCUCAAGCUCUCUCCUAUUUGCACCAUGACUGCGAAGAUCCUAUUGUACACCGGGACAUAAAAAGCAGCAAUAUUCUUCUGGACAUCGAUUAUAAAGCUUAUGUCUCGGACUUUGGCAUGGCGAAGAAGCUGAAGCACGGUUGCUCAAGCUGGAGCACUAUCUUUGCAGGGACAUGUGGCUACAUAGCCCCUGAGUUGUCAUCUACCAUGGUCUUGACUGAGAAGUGCGACGUGUACAGCUUCGGCGUGGUUGCCCUGGAAGUUGUGAUGGGAAGGCACCCAGGUGAUCUGCUCCUUCCAUUCUUUUGCCGAACAGAGCAGCCAGGGAAGUUCCAGGAUAUCCUGGAUCAACGCGUCACAGCACCGUCAACAACUGAUGAGAACGAUGUCAUUUUGGUUGCCUUGGUGGCUUUUGCUUGCCUGCAAAUCAAGCCCAAAGCCCGGGCAACAAUGCAGCAGAGGAAUGAGAUACAGAAAGGCGACCACGGUCCAUUUCACAUCGCACUUCACUAG